UGCGGGGUCCAUAAAUAUUAAUGAGAGUAUGGAGAUUGAAGGCUCUUCGAGUGCAAUUCGAAGCUCACCUCCUCGUUCAAUAGUAAUGAGUGAUAUUAGUGACAGUGACAUCCUGGCAAACCCUGCGGGGUCCCCUGAGGUUGCUUCUAAGGAAGGUUCUGUAAAUGUAAUGAAAGAACUUGGGGUUGCUCUUGAAGAGAUUGAGAAAGAAACCUCAACCUCCGAGGCCUUUGCCAAUGUCGGUAAUGACGCAUGGCCUGAUUUCCCCGAAGCAAUGGAUGAAAUAGUUACCAAGGACAAGUUGGCCGUAGUAUACUUUGUUGCACAGGGCCAAGGCGACUAUGUAAUUGCCUGUAGGAAGAGUGCUGAUCGCCAUACACGCUGGCCGUACUUCAUGUACAUUCCGGACAGUCUCGUGGAUGGUCAUCCGGACUUCCAAAGGAAAUUAGAAGUAGGAGACUUAGUGUCGGUGUCCCGGUUCGCUUGGAGUGAAAAGUUUAGGGAUUUAGCUGCCACAAGGGAAGAGGUAACCUCAACAAAGAAGUUUUGGCUCAAUGAAUCCACCCAGUUGCUACCGAGACAAGCCGAUGCAGAAGAAUUAGGGAACAUAAUCUAUGACGAUCAGGAGCGACAGAUGGUCACUGGCGUCAUCUAUUACAUAAGGUUCAGAUCCCAACACGACCCUGAAACAUUUCAGUACGCAGAGUUGGCUUGCUGCGGCAUUGCCCACUCGGCGCGAAUCAACAGACGUCACUUAAAUGGGAUUUCUGUCCAGGAACUUGUUCAAGGCAUGUUGGUAAACGUGUCAUGUAUAAAAAUCCCGCGGGAUUCACUAAUUUCUAGAACUUAUGUUCUCCCUUCCAACACGCUGUUUCGAGCCGGCACUGAGACUUUGGCAGUCUUCCCUGAAAUUUAUGGAGCUGUUGGAUUAGUAAACCCUCAUCUAUUGGAGUGGCCGAACACUAAUAUUAAUGGCACACCAAAAGUUUUCCCUUGCUCUGCGGAGCUCUCACAAGAUUAUCUCAAAUGCGCCGAGCACGUCGUCGGCUCCGCCCUUCAAAUCGAGAUGGAACGUGAGGUAGAGAAGAUGAUUGAAGCCCGCUUUGAAGGGAGGGCAAGAGAAAUCACUGGAAGGAGGUGCCUGAUAUGUUUUAACCCCCGCCCAAAGGAAGAAAUUUCUAAAUACGCGGCGGCUUGGGAGCUGGAAGCAAUUGUUAAAAUCUCCAAAAAUCUGGGUCAAAAAGGGCUCUGCUAUGGUACCAUCAGGCAAGUUGACGUUGUCAACUCGGAAAGAAACCUAUUGGAACUCCAUGUGGUCAUUAUUCUGAACAAUAUAGACCAAGGAAGGAAGAAUAAGGAAAUAGGAAAGGAAUUGAAUAAAUUCCUGGAGGGAGGACUGGUAGUCAUUCAUCCAACACUUCCACUGGUGGUAGAAGAUCGAGUCCGAUGCUUCCGAUGCAACUUCCCCUCCACCAUGGCAGUUGAAAAUUCCCCGAGGGGUCAUAUCAUGGCAACACUACUAGGGCGUCCUAUUGGGGAGGGGGUAAAAAUGGUCAUGGAUGACGUGAAUGAUCAAGCUGAUCAGGCUGGAGAUGAUGAAGAAUUCCAUCCAGUCAUCCAAACCCUCAAUGGUCGCCAAAGGGUAACAGCAAGACUGCUAAUGACCGGGGGGCUUGUCCAUCAACAAGCGCCCCCGGGAACUGGAAAAACCAAAGUCGCCGCGGCUAUUGUCAAAGCUUGGCGUGACCUUCGGCCUGAGGGCCAAAUAGCGGUCAUGGCUUGCUCAAAUAUUCCUGUUGUGAAAUUGGUACAAGAGACUGCUGAAACUUGUGGAGAGGAAGAGUUGGAGGAUAUGCAGUCUCUCGCAUUAUUUUCUGCGAUGGCGAAAGAAAAAUAUAAUGAGCAAAUCAGGGAUGUGGAGCGCCACACUCUUAUCAAUAAGAUUAGUAAUGAGGCAUUCCGAAGCAAAUUGCAGCAACCCCAAAAAAAAGAAGUGGAUGAGUAUAGGGAAAAUUAUCUUAACAACCCGCGGGUUUCACAAGAGAGAAAAAUUGGAAGGCUUUAUAAAAGCUUCGAGCGGCCGAACAUCACCUUCUCUACAGCCUCAAUGGCUACAUUUUUCCUUGAGGGUGAGGGGAAUAUUGUCGACACUGAACUGCUACUUUUUGAUGAAAGUACGCAAGCCCAGUGGGCAGUAGUGGUACAUUUGGUGGCAUGUCUUCCCAAACUUCGGGCGAUCCUCCUGACGGGGGAUCGCCACCAGCUCGGUGUGUAUCUGGCUGAGCUCCCGGAGGUUUUCUGGCAGGGCUUCGGACUUGAAAGUGUCAUCAAACAAGUGGAGAUAUCACCUGGCGCAAACUACACAUUCCUGACAAAAAUGUAUAGAAGCCAUCCAUUCCUGGUCCAGCUCAUUUCCUACGCUUCUUACGAAUUGUUUGAUGAAAGAUUAAUUCCGUCACGCAGUGAGGAAGAGCGUUCACUGUUGACCAGCUCGGAAUUCCUUCUCCCUAUCCAAUCAUGUCCUGUGGGACUCAUUAAUGCUUAUAGUUCAUUCCGAACGGACUCGAAAAGCGACUCCCUUACGGAUGACCACCAAACGGAAGUUGCUGAAUUCCUAGUUCAGGCACUUCUUCACCACUUUGGACCGCAGUUCAGCAAGAGCAUUGUAGUGCUCUGUAUGUAUACUUACCAAACAACGCAGAUUGCGAGCAGAGUGAGGGAGCUUGGAGUCAGAACGCUUACGGUGGACUCUUAUCAGGCCCAAGAAUGCGAUGUGACCAUCAUUGUAACGACCAGGUCGAGAUACGCUGAGCAUGGCUCCGGGAAAUCUGACAACAUGCAUUUCUUUAAAAAUAAUGAACGUGCCACUGUUGCACUUUCGAGAGCGCGCCAUGCCAUCUUCCUAAUUGGGGAUCUAGUUUCCAUCUCUGAAGGACCCAUAUGGAAACGCUUCUUAGAGAAGGCCAUCACGAGAACCAGGGUAGUGAAAUCUGAAUAUGUGAGUGGUCUCUUGGAUGGAACACUUGAAAGGUCAUCAACUUCAGACGACUUGUAUGACAAGAGUCUCAGAGGCACCGUAGAAGACAAAGGUUUCCUAGGUGAAUGGGCCCUCAAGCAUGGCUUAAGACCGGACAGGAUGGACCUCCCUGCACCGCCGGAAGAGCCAACAAGACCGACCUUCAGAUUCCAGCACUUCCCAGCUCUUAAUGAGGCCGGACCCUCUGGUAGUGGAACCUCCGGGAAUUCUCGUAGUCCUGCAAGGAGGGAAGAUAGAGGAAGAGGGCGCAGGGGAGCUGAUGGCCAAUGGCUAAAUUACGCUGGCAACCCUAAAAGGCAAAGAGGAAAGGGAAAUAAUUAUUAA